AGGAAGCAGCAGCGGAGCAACAAGCUCGGUCGGAGAGUGAAUAUUCAGCGAAUAGUAGGCGAAGAUGGUUUGUUUCGCGGACCCGUCGGAACAUAUCGUUUGAACGUUCUCGUCUCAUCGAAGGAAAAAAAUAAAUCACAGAAAUGUCGUUGCGAUGAACCGCGAGCAACGAUUGACGAUUUGGUGAGGUGUCGAUUCGCGAUAAACUGGCUAUAUUUUCCCAAGAUUUCACGCGCUACGAUGUCGGGUUAAGAGUAGUUCUCAUCAUCCAUCGUAAGGUUUUUCCCUGAGAAAAAUGUCGAAAGCAACACCCCCCUCGCAGAACGCCGUAUCGCUCAAGCCCAUCGAAGUACCCCAGGCUCUGCAAAAUGGGGAGAAAUUCAUAAAAUGGGACGAGGAUUCUGGUGUCGGGAUACCUGUUACGCUGCGUGUAGAUCCUCAGGGAUUUUACUUGUACUGGGUGGAUCAAAAUUUGGAAAUGGACUUGCUGGACAUCGCGCACAUCAGAGAUACACGCACAGGUCGCUACGCAAAAAUACCAAAAGAUUUAAGACUACGUCAGACUGUCACAAUGGGCUCCCAAGACACGUUAGAAGAGAAAACGGUGACUGUGGUGUGUGGAAACGACUUCGUCAAUAUCAAUUUCAUCAACUUUUGCUGUACAAAGAAGGAAAUAGCGCAACAAUGGACGGACGCCCUCAUGAGCUUGGCUUAUAAUCUGAACCAAAUCAACGGGACUACGAAAAUGUACCUGCAGAAAGCUUACACAAAACUAACUCUAGUGACGGAUAAAGGUGGAAAGGUCCCGAUUAAAAACUUAAUAAAGAUGUGUGGUCAAAGUAGAGACGACAAGAAGAGAUUAGAAACAGUAUUAAGUAGUUUAGGUUUACCAUAUGGCAAAAAUGACACAAUCAACCCGACAAAAUUCAAUUUUGAGGAUUUUUUUCGAUUUUAUAUGCAACUGACACAAAGAAGUGAAGUCGAAAAAGUUUUCAGUGAAUUUGUCGGAACCAAGAAAUACAUGACGGCAGAUCAGUUUGUUGAGUUUCUCAACAAGACACAGAGAGAUCCGAGACUGAACGAAAUUUUAUAUCCCUACGCGGACACGGCCAGAGCCAGGGACAUCAUUGAACAGCACGAGCCGAAUAAAUACAACUCUAUGAAGGGACAGCUCAGUUUUAAUGGUUUUCUACGAUAUCUACUUUCUGAAGAUAACAAUAUUAUCGCUGCAAGCAAGUUUGACCUAAGCGACGAAAUGGAUCAGCCCUUAGCUCAUUAUUUCAUAAACUCUUCGCAUAACACGUAUUUGACUGGACAUCAGAUCACUGGUAAAAGCAGUCCGGAAAUGUACAGACAGUGCUUGCUAGCAGGAUGUAGGUGUGUGGAACUGGAUUUUUGGAAAGGCAGGACAGACGAACCAAUCAUCGUUCACGGUUAUACUUUCGUUCCUGAAAUAUCAGCCAAAGAAGUACUAGAGGCCAUUGCUGAAAGCGCUUUUAAAACAUCCGACUAUCCCGUGGUACUGUCGUUUGAGAACCACUGCAACCCUAGGUUGCAGGCAAAAAUAGCGAACUAUUGCAGGGAGAUAUUCGGCGAUAUGCUUUUGGAUGCGCCUCUGGAGAGCCAUAAAUUGGAAGCAGGAUCGCCAUUACCACCACCAUCACUCUUGAGACGGAAAAUAAUCAUAAAAAAUAAGAAAAAACACCAUCACCACCAUAAGAAAACCGCCUCAGCGCAACCUGUGAAUACUCAGAACUCCGAACAACCUGGCAAUGGAGAAGCUCCACAACAUGCACCAUCACUACAAGCUAGACAGGGCUCGAAGGAUUCCACUGGAACUGAGGAUGAGGAAUCGAGUACCGAUGAAGAGGCAGAGGCGAUGGAGGGCGACGGACAACAUGCCGAAAGUGUCGAAGGGUGUGCAAGCGAUAAACCACCAGCAUCAGAGACUGAGGCCGGUGCAGAGAUAUCUGCUCUAGUAAACUACGUUCAACCUGUCCAUUUCAACAGUUUCGAAAAUGCCAAAAAAAAAAAUCGGUGCUACGAAAUGUCCUCUUUCGACGAGAAAAGAGCUACGGCCCUACUCAAAGAAUACCCAAUUCAGUUCGUGAACUAUAACAAGUACCAGCUAAGUAGGGUGUACCCGGUGGGUACCCGUUUUGACUCGUCGAAUUUCAUGCCCCAAGUGUACUGGAACGCCGGCUGUCAGCUAGUGGCACUCAAUUUUCAAACGCUAGACUUAGCGAUGCAACUGAAUUUGGGAAUAUUUGAGUACAAUUUUCGGUCUGGUUAUAUAUUAAAGCCCGAAUUUAUGAGAAGAACCGACACCAGAUUCUAUCCUUUUGCCGAAUCUACAAUAGAUGGCAUUAUAGCAGGGACUGUCAAAAUUCAAGUUAUAUCGGGACAGUUUUUAACGGACAAGAGAGUCGGGACAUAUGUUGAGGUGGAAAUGUACGGUCUCCCAGCAGAUACAGUAAGAAGAAGAUUUAGGACCAAGGUUAUUCAAAAUAACGGAAUAAAUCCAGUAUACGACGAAGAACCGUUUGUAUUUAAGAAAGUCGUUUUGCCAGAUUUAGCUUCCAUUAGGAUUGUGGCAUAUGAAGAAGGUGGCAAAUUUAUCGGCCAUCGCAUUCUACCUGUCGUGGGUCUUUGCCCCGGCUACAGGCACGUCAAUUUACGGACUGAAAUGGGUCAGCCGUUACCAUUAGCCACUCUUUUUCUUCAUGUAGUUGUUAAGGAUUACGUACCUGAUGGAUUAUCCGACUUCGCCGAAGCAUUGGCUAAUCCAAUAAAAUACCAGAGCGAUCUGGAGAAACGUGCUCAACAAUUAUCGGUUUUGACAGACGAUAUGGAACCAGCAGAAGGCGAUGAACAAAAACAGGGAACUUUAGAAAGGAAUAUUAAGGAACACGUAAAUGGAAGUCCAGCACAACGCCCUACCAUAUCGACUGGAGGCUCAAGUUCUAUCGAUGUAGUAACCAAUGAUGACGUAACAACAUCACUACCCACGACUUUGUUGGCUCAUCACGUUGGACCCGCUAUUGCACCUGAAGCAAACUCUGUAAACAAAUCGACUGAAAUUAAGAUUGAGGAGAAAAUCGAAGAAAUAGUUGCAGAAUCAUUAGAUAAAAUACUAGAGAAUAAGUUGGUUAAAGAAAAGAAACUAGAAUUGGAUAAGAAAUUAGAGACGUUAAGGAAGAAACACGAAAAGAAAAAACAGACUUUGCAGUCGCAAAAAAGUGGAGAUUACUCGGAGAAGAAGUCCAAAUUAAUUAAUAUGAAGCUGGUGAAAAGGCUUUCUAGCAAAAAUAUCCUGUUUACCAGCGUAAGUGGCGUCUUCUCCACCGAAUCGCCCAGUGUAGAACCGUUGACAUCUGUCGUCGACGAGGGCGAAGGUACCACGAGCACCGACCCCUCGGAGCGGGGACUUCCCCGCAGCCAGUCGGAACGAUUGCUAGCCAUCAGCAGGGAUUUUGUUUCCCAAGAGAAGGAGCUUAGGGAACGGUACCAUGAUCUCAUUUACAAUACGGCGGAGAAGGUGAUGAAGCAGAGUCAAAAUAAUCAAAUAAAAGCAUUAAAGGAUCAAUUUGAGAAAGAGACUUCGGAGUUAAUGAGGAAACUUCAAGCGGACCAUCGGGAAGAAGUCAAAUUAUUGGCGAAGAAACACCGGAACAGGGAACAGUUCACCCGGGUCAAACGGGAGGCUGUUACGGCCGUGGUAGGCCGGGGAGUGUCCGAAAGAGAGAAAUUGGAGAACCUUUUUGAUACCAGGAAGGAGGAGCUCCAACGACAGCACGAGUGUGUACGGGAUCAGCUGCAAGAACAUCGAGAAAAGGCCAAAACAGCUCUAAAUAAAGAGUUCGACACUCGUCUCGCAAGAGUAGACGUUGAACCAGAAAAUGCCAUAGUACCUACACCUUCUGUACGAUGGGCAUUUAACCUCAAAUACGUUUAUGCCGUUCAUUCCUCGAUAUUAAAUGAUUAUAAGUAAAUGUUGGUAACAAUUACAAAUCGUUGGAAAGCAGAUGUGAUACCUAGGAGAUGGGAACGAGGUACUACAUAAUUUUUAUUAGGUGUUGGUGUUUUCAGUUUCAAUUCAUAUCCUGACUCAUCGCCAUUGUAGAAGCCUUUUUUCCAUGACGCAUUAUUUCUAACUAACAAAUCUAGGUUUUCCGUUUUUAACAUCAAGCAAUGUCACAAUGUCUUUUCUUUAUUCACACCUUCUAUAACUUAAUCGUAUUCAUCCAUAUAGAGACUGAAAGGCUUGUCUGUAGGAUAUAAUGAUAAUUAAAAUUUUGUUUUGAAAAGUUGCUAAAUUAAUGAAAUAGUAUCCCGUUACUGCAGUAAUAGUAAUUGUUAAUUAAUUGUUAUAGAGAAAUUUAGUUAAAAAUGGUUCUAUUGUAAUAUUGGCACUUGUAGUUGAGAAAUUAUCGUUUCUAAUUUAUUUAAAAACUUACUGAUGUCGUAGAUAUUGAGUUUAGUUUAUUCCAAAUCAGAUAAUAGAAAGGAGAAUCGUACCUUAAUCAGUUAUGACAUUCAUUGUGUUCUUACUAAGAUUAUCUAAUCUGUAUAUUAUUUCUUUAGGGCUAUUUUAAAUGUCUUGAGCUCUCUACAAGUGUUCGAAAGAGUAUAUAUACAGUAUAUAGCAUAGACCUAUACGGUUUAGUUCAGUCAUCACACUUUACAAUGUAAAAGGGAAUGUUGAAAUACGGCCUACUAUAGUUUAAAUUUUAUAUUUCCAGUUGUAUCUGUUCGUUGUCUACUGUCUCAUACUUCUUUCCCAUAAGCAGCUGAUCUAGUCAUUGUACUUAAUACAAAUAAACUAUAAUAUACUUGCUUAUGGUAAAGAUCCAUAGUGAAUUAAUCUGGGACUUAACAAUUUUUACUUCUUAUUCUAAAUCGUGUGUAUUUUUUACACAUUUUAAAAACAAAAUUUGUUAGUUACCCUUCAUAAAUUUGAUACGUAUAUAUUAAAACUAAAAAAUCAAAGGGGUUUAAGUAUGGUUCAUUACCAAACUUGUAUAUUCUUUUUAAUUCAACCAAUUUACAAAGCCCUUUGAUUUUUUAAUAUUAAUCAAAAAUGGUUUAUACUUAAUAAACAGAUCUCAAGGAGUCCUUGGGAUACAUUCCAAAGUUUUCUUUUCAGUUGAUGUAAUGUUUUUGUAUUUUAUUUAAAGUAGUUUAAAAUCUUGAUAUUUUGUAUUUUCCAACUUGUGCCUUUGAUAAUUUUACUGUUCUUUAUAUUUGUCUAAAAAUCAUGUAUUACAUGUGUUUCAUAAUAAUGUUAAUGUCUAAAUAGAUUUUAU